GUCAAUAAAGAGAUACAGAUGAAGAUAAUUCCUCAAGAGGGCUAUAUUGCCAUUUCUUUUAGUAAUAUCAAACUGCUUAAUAGCAAUUUUAGUGAAAAUUUUACAAAAAGCGGUUCAAGAUCACCGAUAUCGAAAUAAUGUUCCGCGUCCUUCGCAUGUACCAUAUAUUCGAAAGAUCGUGCGUGUCCGUGGGCAUACUCGUGUAACACGCGAGUAUGCAUCGCAGUAGUACCAGCCGAUGGUUACACGGCGACUACGUUGCCAGGGAAAAAAAGGAAUAAAGAAGAGGAGAGAAGUACGCGCAAGGAAGAACCGGUUUCAUGGGGGUUUCAGCCUCCACAAAAUGAUCCGUCUGGCUUGCCGGUUCGACUCCGCUUGCCUCCACUGUGUUCGCCUCCCGCGAAAGCGCUUGCUCCGGUGCACCACCUACCUACCUACCUACCCACCUACCUACCUACCUAUCUACCUAUCUACCUGUUUCUUUCUUCCAUACCAUCUCUUUUCCUCUUCCUCUUGCCCAGACCUGCUGACCAACGUACCUGAUUCGACUUCAAGGGUUCGAACUCGCGGCAUUCCUGACCGAAUGGCGGCUGGACAUUCCUUGCGGGGUAAAUCGUUGGCAAAAGGCAAGAUAGGUCCUCCUCCUUUGACACAUUUGUAUUGUUACACUUGGUAAUACGUGGAUUACUAUUUGUAAGAUGUCUACCUUUUUUCUUUUGCCUUUUUCAAUGAAAUUAAAAAUGAUGAAUUAGGAUUGUGAAAGAUUUUAACUCUUGUAACUGAUCUCAGAUUAUUGAUUUGUCAUUUGGAUAACAAUUAAAAAGUUUUUUAACAUAUAUAAUGUAUAGGCGCCAAAUAUAUUAGCCAAAUAAUUGAAUUAGUAUGAAACUGUGACUUAUUUUGUAAAUAUAUGAAAACAGAAAGUAUAAAUAUAAAGUAUGAUAUAUAUGAAAAGUCUUUUAAUGCAAUUUGCUCAAUUCAACAUUGUGUCUUAUGAGUUCUUUUUUCAGAAAGAUCUUGAUGACUCGAUACAAAUGCCCUUUUUAUUUCUUGUACUUUUCUUAAUUGUUUAGUUUCUUAUAGUUUCAUCCAAUGAAGGAGAAUGAUUUAGUUAUUUCUGAGAAUUUUUAGAAGAAACAACUGAGGAACAAGCAUUUUCUCUUUGAAUUUUUCAAACAUACAGGGUUCGUUUUUUUAUUAAAAAAGUAGGAUUGGAGCUCGACCUAAAAGAAUUUCAUACUUGACCUCUUUUAAUUCACGCUGUAUGAAACAGUGUCUUGUCUGUUAAGCAAUUCGAGUUAACUGAAGAAUGCGAGAUGAGAUCUUUCAUCUGAUGUAAGGAGAACAAUCGUAGGCGAAUAAUACGUUAUUCUAUAUAGAUAUUGAAGCAGACACCUUAAUAUUUGAAGACAGUGUACGACAAAUAUAUAGAAGAAUUCUAGUUAAAAAUAUUGAAAUGUGAAAUUAAUGGUAAAUUAUAUCGGUUGACCUUGAAAAUUGUAAAGAAAAAAAUCACGAAAACGAAGUGCGCUUCGUAUUACGAGGUACGAAGAAGACGCGAUGAGAAAACUGGUUUCAGAUGGUGGAGAAUGUUCUGGUAACAUUUGCAUUUAGUGCGCGUGCAUAGUUUACAAGUCCAUCAGUAUUUUAAGAGUCUGUAAUAACAAUGUGCGCCAGAGAAAUAUCAAAAUGACAUUUCGAAUCUCGUUCAUUCUGGAAGAUCGAAUAAUAACCAAUUAUCGCAUACCUUCGUGCUCGAGAUAUACUUAGUCUGCUUGUAGUAGUGUUAAAGGUGUUGGUUUAUUUAACAAUCCCAUAAAUUUAUCAUCAUUUAUUUUUCAAGCGAAAUUUGUAUUUAAAACAUAUAUGUAGGAUUUAUCAUGAAAGAAUAAUAUAUACCAAUGCUAUAAAAAAUCGCAGAAUAGGUAUAAAAUUAAUAAAAUUUUGUCAUCGUCUUUCUGGAAUAAUAAUACUAAUAAGUUAAAAUGUAAUGUAACUAAAUGUUUAAAUGUAUAGAAUAAAAAUGAGUAAAUUUCAUUUCCAUCGUUCUCCGCACAGAAUACCCUGUUAACUAAAAUGAGAUCUGAGUUGUUCCCGACGCAAAAGUGCUGGUGUACCUUUUUGUUCUGAAGUUACAGCCUACAUAGUACGCGUACACGUGAAAGUACAAUAUACAGUAAAUUAUACCCGGCUACAUAACGUCUCAGGGUACUGUAGAUACAUUGCAAUCGUAUUGCGAGGAUUAGUGCAGUCGGCUUUAGCCCCGACACUGACCUUGAAUUCGAGACUCCGACACUAUCUCCCCGUAGAAAUUCCUCUAGGUAACUAUCAGACCAAGUAUGUAAUUCUUUUAUCUGACAUUAAUAAAAGAAAGUUGUAGCAUUCGAACAUCAACUAAAGUCGAAACUUUCUUUCUCUGAAUUGGUGUUAAUUGUUAUGUAUUAUACACACGUUUUGGAUAACAUUGAAAACCUAAUGGCUUGUUAGCGUGAAAAUUUCUUUUCAUCGAUAAUGAAAUACUUAAUACAAAUUACAUAUGUAUGUGUAUUUACGUUACGUUACAUUAAACACUCCCUGUUCUAGAAAAUAUGAUGUUUGAUAUUCGUCACAAUAUGAAAUCGAAAUUUAGGUAAAAUUAAUGUAAUAAGGUAAUUGUGACGUUUCAUUGUAAUAUUUAAGUUUUUAACACAGAUAUUAUCUAAAUUUAGUAUGAUUGUGUUUUUGAAGUCAUAUCUGUAAAAAACAUAAAUAAUUUAGUAAUUGAAAAGAAAUAAAAUAGACGUAAUACAUAGAUAACCAUUCUAAGGUAAAUCCUUGAUAUGUAAUAUUAAUAUCUGUUUUUAAUACUGUGUCUGCAACGAGUUUAGUUAAUGAUGUUAUAUCAGGACUACUCUCACUAAACACACGCAAUUGCUUCGACGAGUAGUCAAGUUUGUUACCGCGCCAAUUUUCCCAGUAACUUCUGGUAUACCGGGGAAGUAGAUGAAUUACAAACAUUAUCCACAAAUGAAACUAUUUUAUGGCAGACCUAAAUGCAGUACAUAUAAUUUCACCAGCUAAUAUUAUACUAUACAGCUGAAAAAAUAGUUAGAUAGCAUAAUAUAUAACACUAAAAUAAUUGUAAACUGAAAAGAAAAUUACUAUAUUAGCAUACCUGCAACAUAUUAAUACUUAUGUUACAAAUAUUAAUUUUAUUAGAAACGUGUAACUGAAAGUUUUGUACUAUUUAAUGUUUAUUACUAGGAAAUAAACUAGUAGUAAAUGCGGACUGUAAUGAAAGUAAAAACACUAAUGUUAUUGAUGCAAUAACACACUAUAUUGUGUCAUUACAGGCAAUUAUUGUUAAUAUUCUACAAUAUUAAUUUUUUUAAUAUUUCAAUAAUGCAAUAUUAAAUUACCCACGAUACUCAUACUAAAGUAUACUAUAUAAUCACCUAUUUCAUCAAUUUCUAACAUGAUUAAAUAAUUAUAAAUGACCAUUUCUGAUAUUGCUAUUACUUUUUAUUGUACCUAUAAUAAUUCAUAUAUACUACUAUACUUAUACAUAUAUAAUACUAAUAAUUAUGUACAAUCCAUAAUAUACGUUAAACAUAGACUAACAGUGUAUCAUACUACUAUCACUAAUACUAACAAUAACUAUGAAAAUUACACAAAACUAAAAUAAAACUAUUUAAAGAUAUAAAACUGUAUCUUCUUCUUAGAGUCUUACAUAGAGUUUUAAAAUAGGGUCCUAUAAAAGCAAAGUAAAACUAGAACCUGUCUCCACAAAAGUAAUUAAUCAAACAACUAAUCGGGAAUAACGGUUCAAGUUCGCCAGACAAGAAAGAUGAGCGUUCAGUAUCGGGACACCGAUAAUAUUACCGCUGAGACAAAUUAAAGAACUGCGUAUACCUGUGACGUGCCGAAUCGUUUCGCGAUCUCGUAUUCCUGCUGGCCGAUGGGAAAGUUGGCCUGCGUGCUGCUCGUACCAUAGGAAUUUAAACGGGGAUAUAGGUAUAAGAACACGGAGACGGGGAGUCAUUCGCGGUAGUGUGAGGCAUAAACGCGCCGGCACCACACCCAGCGUGACCACCAUUGCGACAGGGGACACAGGAUACGGCCAUGCGCGUCGCGGUGAUCUUGUUGGCGUGCGUCACUGCGCUGGCUUCGGCCCAAUUUAAUCAGGAUGACAAUAUACCAAAAGGAUCGCCUCUUCGAUCAACUCGUUUCCAGAGACUUCCAUCUGCUCGACCAGCACUUCCAACGCAAGCUGGACUUGCGAAUCAACGAAUUCGCCGUCCAAUUACAUUUAGACCCAAAGGAGCGGAAGAUUCAAUCGGAACAGGUCCAGGUUUCACACCCAUCAGAUCAUUGCGACCAAAUUUACCCACAGGACCAGCGCCACUUCCUCAACAAAUCAAACCAGUGAACGAGGAGCCAGAUGAAACGCGAAACCGCGAACCACCUCGAAAUCACAAUAAUCAAGAUGACGAUACCGAUCUAAGUGACGACCUUCCAGACAGCCAAGAAGGAAGCGAAGAAAGCGAAGAAAAUGUGCCACGAGCAGUUCCAAAUCUUGGUACAGUAGGUUCGAUAUCGAGGACUUCCGCUAAUAUUGGCCCGACUGCACAACCAGUGCAAUAUCGUCCUGUUUCGGGAUCAGGAAGUCCAACUGGCAGAGGAAGUGGAAUACCAACCGCACCAGCAUUAGCACCAGUUCAGUAUCGACCGACAGCAAAACCGAACAAACCAAGGAAACCGAUAGAAGAACCAUUUAAGCAACAGGUUAAACCACCUGCAAAAUCAGUGAAACCAUCUCAAUCUUACGAUACUCGCGGAAAGAAGCCCGUUGCACAGAUUAUUAGGCGAUAUCGCAACGAUAAUCCGGACGGUUCAAUCACCUGGGGCUUCGAGAACGACGACGGAUCUUACAAAGAAGAAAUAAUCGGUGUCGAUUGUAUCACUAGAGGUAAAUACGGCUAUAUCGAUCCAGACGGUAUUCGUCGAGAAUACACGUACGAAACUGGUAUCAAAUGCGACGAGGAACAACGAGAAGAAGAAGAGAACGGGUUCGUUGAUUAUCAAGAGAAUAAACUAGUACUUCCCGAUGGUAAAACCAUAGAUCUAUCGAGUAUGGGUAAAAAGCAAACUCGUAGACCUCGUUACCAUUAGUAAUAUAUUUUAUAUAAUUUCUUUCUUUUUUGAGUUUUCAUAUCGAACAAUCGAAACUUUGAUCAUUAGAAUUCAAAAGAAAAUUUUCAUGCGAUCCUUUUCUCAUAAUUCAUCAAUUUUUUAAAUAUUUAAUAGUACCAUAUUUCAGGUGAUGUUAAAAAAGAGCUUUAUUAAGAAAAACAUAAUAUGUAACAUAAAAUAACAAGUUAAAUUACUAAUCAUCGGAAAUUAUAAGUUAGAACAUAGUUGGCGAUUAUUUAUCUCGAUAAUAACGACGCUUAAAAUUAAAGUAACAUUGAAUCGUUUAUUUCGUAAAGCAUCGAUCAAGUAAUACAAUACAAGUUUUGUCGUGACCAUUGUCAUCGUGUGUUCUUUGUGUUUGAAAUUUGUAAUUAGAAUUAGUUAGUAUGUAUUUCUAUAUCGUGUACAUAUAAAUGUAGGUACCUGUAUCGAGUUCGUCGAAUAAAAAUAACAAAAUACAUGUAACACGCUGCGUAAUAUUAUCAAAGCAUGCGUAUAAAUUACAUAAGCAAUUCUUUCAUCCCUAACUUUUACCGGUAUAUGAUUUUUCAUACAAUAUACAUAACAAUAAGUGUAGAUGACGAAAUGUAAUAUGGUUUGUUAUACAAUACAGUCUAACAUUAUCUUCUCGCGAGUAAU